AAAAGGGGGGGCAUGAAGGCAGGACAAGACAGGGACUAUUCCUAUCACAUAUGGACACUAGGGAGAGAUGUAUCAGUGUGUUUCCAUGGAGACAGUAGGCUCCGGAAGUGCAGAGUGCGGCUACGUAUUGUCUCCGGCCGCUCUUCCUGCCCGCAAUACUUGGUUCCACAUGGUGUUUCGGGGCCUGCAUUCCCGCACGCUGCAGUUGCUUUCCCUGUACUGUGUGAGCGCCCGCGCUGCCGCCUCCUCCUCGGCUCUCUUGAUGCCUGAAGACCCAAAGCGCCCACGGAGGGAGGAGCGACUCAUGGCGCCCAAAAUCGGAACUCACAACGGGACUUUCCAUUGCGACGAGGCGCUGGCGUGCUACCUGCUGAAGACGCUGGAGCCUUACAGGGUGGGGGAUCUCAGGGCAGCCUUCACAGCCUGGGCUGGGGGGCCAGGUCAUGGGGAGCCACCUGCUGUGGCCUACAGCACCAUGAGGCCUUGGAGUGCAUCAUGGGAAGUGUAGUUGCAGUCCCAAAGGUUACAUGUGGCUGGGAAAUAGGCCAUGAUUCUCCAUUCACUGCUUGACAGGGCGUUGCUCAGUAGCUCUGGGCUAAAAUUAUGAGCAUCUAUGGGCGCAGCCAUUGUACUAAGCUCUGUCCUGGCACAAGCAUGGCAUGGUUAGGACCUUAUGAGAGGGCUUUAUGGUGUCUUUUGUUGAAUGCAUGUUAUUGGUGGGGGGUUCCCUAUUCAGAAUAACUGCGUUCUGAAAUGGAACUGCAGCAGCAUAUGUUUGAAUCUUCCAUAGUUUAUAUACAGGUAAAGUGUGCAUACAUUAUGUCAGAUAAAUACAGUGUGAUUGUUGUAAAGGUAGUGCAGUAGUGAUGCUGAGCUGUUAAUUAGUUUUUGUAUCAUUAUUAUAAAAUUAAAUGUAUUAUUUAUGUAAGAACUAAAAACCAGCUUGUGUAUUUUGGAUCUAAAUAAUUCUCCUGGCCAAGUUGUCAGAUAUUGGUUUUCAGUUCUCUUUGCUGCUUAUCAAAUAAACCUGCACUUGCUUCUUCUUUUUACAUUUUGUGAGGUGUGUGUGUGUUCCAAUGGUGCUUUAUGAUAAACUAUCUUCGCUUUCACAUUUAUUAGAAUGCAGAGAUUGUGAGGACCCGGGAUCCUCAGCUUUUGGCCCAGUGUGAUGUUGUAGUGGAUGUGGGUGGCGAGUAUGACCCAGGCCGCCAUCGCUAUGACCACCAUCAGAGGUUAGUUUUGCUCCUGAUCUUCAUCACAAAAUGUAAAUUUCACGCCCGCAAUUAGAAUAUAUUUCCAGCUUUAGAAAACACCAUAUAGUGAAUUUGUUGGGCUUUUACUUGCGUUUAUCCAGAGAUCUAUACGGUAGAUAACGGGGAAAUCCGAUUUAUAUUAUAAGCUGCACCACUGAGAUUUCAGAAAUCAAGAACAAUCCAAUCCAAAUAGAACGCUUUACUGUAGCAUUUAAAAGUUAGACACAGAGACCAGUAUGAAGUACGAUUUGAUCCACCACUACAUAAGGUGUCUGACUUUCAUAUGCUAUAAUAAAGCUGGUAAAGUUUUCUAUUUGGACUGAAUUGUUUUUGAUUGCAGAGUUCUCCAUGGUGUAGCUUGUGAUCAAAUUAAUUUUGCCUCUUGCUCUGUUUAGUCGUCUUUCAAAUGUAUUUUUUUUUUUUUCUCAUUUUAAAAUUCUACAGAUCAUUCUCAGAAAGCAUGCACAGCUUGUGCCCUGACAAGCCAUGGGUCACUAAAAUGAGCAGUGCUGGUCUUGUCUAUGCACACUUUGGAUCUCAGAUAAUUGCUACCCUGUUAAAUACAGAAGAGGAUGACCCCAUUAUCCCUGUAUUGUAUGACAAAGUAAGUAGCGUUCGGCUCCAAAACUAAUGGAAUAAUAAUGCAUAAACGUAACUGCUUUAUUUCACAUAUCAAAUGAACUAAUGCAAUCUAAAAACCUUUAUUUUGCAUAUUAAUCAUUUCCUGAAUAAUAUUUUAAAGGAAUGUUCUAAGCACCAUGGUCACUACAUCAUACUGCUGCUGCUGCUGUUGUUAUGGUGCCCUGGUGACCCCAAUGUAAGUAGUCAAUUUGUUAAGUAAUGGUUUGAUUUCUUAACUGGGAUCUGCUGAGCCAUCUCUCUGCCUUCUUUCAGCAGCAUGUAAGGCCUGCACUGUAUGGCUUGGGGUAAGAGCUAAUGGAGGUUCCCAGCAGGAGCUUCCACCUGAGAGGAGACAGGGGAGAGCACCAAUUAGGCCCCAUGUGAGAAGUCAAACCUUUACUCAUUGGUUUCACUACUUCUGUGGGGAAAUCAGGGCACAUCUGGCACUAUAACCAUUACAGUGCGCUUAAGUGGUUAUGGUGCUUGAAGUGUUCCUUUAAUGAUGGCAAAGUAAGUGGUGUUAUAACAUCAUCAAUUUGGCACUUUCUCAUCCUAUCCUUCUGUGGUUAGCCCUAUCCUUUUCAUUAAGGUAACAACAUGUGUUGAUUGUCUAGUGUCAGAUCCAGAUAUCACGUGUCACAAAUCAUUCCUGCAUAGAUCCAUCAUAUUCUGCCAAUUCCAGUAAGUAAAGGGUUUGACAUUCCUAAAUAACUGCAACCUUUCAUGAGACAUAAAUACUGGCAAUCACGUGUCACCAGAAGUGAACUUUUUUGUUUCAUUCAAUAUCUCAUCGUCACUCAGAACAUGCAAAUGUUCUUAGUCCUGUAAUUCUGAAUCCUCCCAUAUACUUUUAUUGUAUUUUCUUGUUUUUGAAUGAAUUCUAAUGGGACAUUUUUUUUUUUUUAAUGCAUUUGUAAGUUUUGUAUUGCUUUAGGUUUAAUAAUGUAUGGGAAUUAAUGAAUUGCCCUCUUGUUAAUCAGAUGUAUGAAAACUUUGUUGAAGAAAUAGAUGCAAUUGAUAAUGGCAUAUCCCAGUGUGAUUGUGAGCAGCGCUACUCCAUAUCGAGCAACCUAAGCGCACGUGUCGGCCAUCUUAACCCACGUUGGAAUGAACCUGACCAAGACACAGAGGUAAUGCCUGAGCUUUUGCCAGCCCUUCUGUAAACAGUCAUGUUUGCUUGGUAUUUUAAAUUUAGUAAUUAAUUCCAAUGUGACAUCAAAUAUUACAGCACGCAGACUUAUAGAUCUAGUCUAUACAUUGUUUUUGAAGCUAGUAUAUUGAUUAUAAGUAUACUUUCCUGAUUGUGAAUGGUCAUCCACAUGGACUAUCAGUAUUAAUUUAGGAGAAAAUAUUUAUAAUUUUUACUAACCAACAUAUGACAUUUAAACAUUAUUUGCUCCAAUUUAUGUCUAGUGCAUCUGCCCUGCAUAUUGACCAUUAUAGGUGGGAUUUGUCUAGGCUUUAUCACACACAUUGCACAAAGCUCUUGGCUCAUAAAACCUUCUUAUUGCAGAGUGGCUUUAGAAGGGCAAUGGAAUUGACUGGUAUAGAAUUUGUUUCCCGGCUGGAUUUUUAUCAUCGAUCCUGGCUGCCAGCUCGUGCUCUUGUGGAGGAAGCAAUCAGGACCAGAUUCCAGGUAGCAACAUGGUGGUGAACUUGAACAUAACAUGUUCCAUAAAGUGGCCUCUUGAUACUGGAAAUUGUAAAAUUGCUGGUGCUAGUUCAACAAUUUAAUCAAAGUCACUGAUGGGCUCACAUUCAAACCACAGGCAGGUGUCCCUACUACUGAUAUGAUUUGUUCUGUUUCUAUUCCAGGUGGAUAAUAGUGGUGAAGUUAUUGUUCUAGCUCAAGGGGGCUGUCCCUGGAAGGAGCAUCUUUUUACGCUGGAGAAGGAGAUGGGUCUGGAGAAACAGAUCAAGUAUGUCCUGUAUCCUGAUCAGAGUGCCCAGUGGAGAAUACAGUGUGUCCCACUAGGCCCCAACACUUUCCAGAAUCGGUUAGUAAACUUGUAUAAUAUCUCAUUAAUUCCAGUUAUUUAGAAGCCUUUUUCUUUUUUAAACCUUUUAUUAAAUAUUGCAUAUGGUUCAUAAAACAGAAAAUCUAGGUAUACUGACCAUAGUUUUUGUUCCAGGAUAGAUCCAUAGCAGCAGCAUAAUAGGGUUAGCCGAGUGGGUGUAGCUAACCCUAUUGUGGUGCUGCCAUAGUUUAACCAUGACUGUAGGAGUGACAUCACCCGAUUAAAAUUCCCAUACUGUUUGAAAGCAGGGGGUGUGCAUUGGCACAUUUUAGCACUAGUGAGUAGAAAUUCACUCCUAGUCCUACCAUGGACCAUCCAGACUUGUGGUGGCAAAUAACUUUUAAGGCUUGGCUAGUAGUGAAGGAGUUUAAAUAGUAACCUUUGAGCCCAAAAGUCCAAGUUUUGAAAGAAUACUAACUGAAACAUUCACCAAUUCUCCGAACCUUGGAAUGUUCAUUAAUUGAGAACUCUACGGGACCCCCUUGGGUAGGCCUGAAUAUUGUGUAGAAGGGUUGGACUUUGAGUAGAAAUAGUAAAGUCAAAGGGACGUUUAAGAGAAAUGUUACUGAAAUGUGAUGAGUAGGAGGGAAUAUGGCAGUAUGGGGUAAGAUCCGCUGUUCUUGCCCCAACCUACAGUAGAGUAUGGUUACUGCAUCUCUCGUGCAGAAGGAACUUGCUGGCAUUUCGGAUCUUGACUUCCUGUACGGGUGGGACCAGUCUGAUAUGCUUCAGAUAUAUUCUCUCUGUAAUGGCACAAGUGAGCAAAAACUGUUUUGAGACCUUAGCGGGGAUGUACUGAAGGGCAAGCUAUCAGGUCUCUCUAAGCUUUUGUCCGUUCUCAUAUUUUCUUAUUUUUUGCUUUAGUGCAUUAACUUGGCUCACCCCAAGUUAAAAGUGUAAUCUAAACAUGGACCCCGUGCUCGCUGUGCCUAGAGGGAUAUCAGCUACACCUCACUAGUCCUGGGGUUGCUGUAUCUCUUGUGCAGAGGGAAUGAACUUGCUGGCAUUUCGAAUCUGGACUGCCUGUACAGUUGGGACCAGUCUAUGUUUCAGAUAUGUUUUCUCUGUAAUGGCACAAGUGAGCAAAAACUAUUUUGAGAUCGGAGUGGGGAUGUACUGAAUGGCAAGCUAUAGAGUCUCUCCAAGCUUUUGUCUGUUCCCAGAGUUCUCAUCCUUUCUACUUUAGGCAUGGGUAGAUAGGAAGAGCCCUAUUAUUGCUGCAUAUGCAUUUAUAUGGAGUUCAAGGUUUCCAGUUUUAUUUAUUUUGACUAGGCUUUGAAGACAGUUGACAAAAUAAUUGCAAGUUUUAUUUAAUGACCCACAUUAUUUUUGUCACUUGUCCACAAUUCCUGAUGAUGUGAUUAACCCCAGUGUAUGAGGAUCUAGUUUAAUCUGAAUGGCCUAUAUUUCCCUUUUAGGCUGUCUCUGCCAGAGGACUGGCGUGGUCUGCGCUCUGAUGACCUCUCCUCUGUCAGUGGGAUUCAAGGGUGUAUCUUCGUCCAUGCCAGUGGGUUCAUCGGUGGAAAUGAGACUCAGGGAGGUGCUCAGGAGAUGGCGCGAAAAGCACUAACAUCCUAGACACGGAUCACUUCUAGCAAUUGAUUUCUGAAGUUUAACCAAGACUUUUCGCAGCUAUGUGACAAAGCACUUCUACUCUGGCAGAUUGUAUUUAUACCAUGUGACAUCAGUAAAUAUUUUUGUAUUCAAUAUAUGUUAGUCAUUUUGUAACUUGACCUGGGAAUGGACCAAACCACGGCAGCUUGGCCAGCUUUAUCAGGCUAAGAUUUUCUCAUCAAAACUGCAUCUUUGUGAUGUGUCUCCCUGGCCGUACCUGUUUUUAGUGACCAGGAAUCUGACUCAACUUGAGGAGAUGUAUGUUAUUCACUGGGUACAUAACUAAGUUUAAAGGCCCACUCCAAGCACAGCAUUAUGCUUAUGGUGCUGGUGCGUUUCCAUAGUAAGCAGACUGUUUUCAAGAACGGUUUGACGACUCAACUAGAGUCUACUGGAUGUCCGUUGCCACUUCUCGUGGACAUUUCUGUUCUGACGCUCACGUCCCCAGUGAUGGAGAUACACUCACCCAGUUGUCAAGCCAUCACUAUUUGGCCCAUGUCAAAUUCACUCAAAUCUUUUUGCUUGCCCAUUUUUCUGCUUCCAACAUAUAAAAAGAAAAAACUGACAGGUGCCAUUUUACGGAUAUCAAUAUUGUUCACUUCACUUGUCAGUGGUUUUAAUGUUGUGGCUGAUCAGUGUAUAUAUCGUAUGGGAUAAGAAUAAUGUCCACAUUUCACAGUGCUGUACUAGUAAAAAGAUAAAGGUACAAUACAUCUGAUACCUUAGUAAAAUUGACAUACAAAUACAGGAGCAGUUGAGGGAUGUUUUCCUGUGGGAACUUACAAUCAAUAUGGAUAGGAGAGGUAACAAAAGUUGUUAAGGUGAGAUGUGUUAAUACACUCGGAUAUGAGGUCAUUUAUUGGUUAUAUAGUGGAAUCCAUUUGUUGAGUGGUAUGCUUCUCUGAACAAGAAUGUCUUUAUGAAGCACUUGGAGGUUUGUCAAACGAGGAAAGUCUGACAGCACGUGUCACAAGAAGUGAAAAUAGAAGAUGCAAGGAGCAGGCCAUUGUUAAAUCUUACUGGAUAGGUUGGAGUAUAUUUGUUUAGUUAGGAAGUUACUGGGGAGUGUGUAGUAAGGGCGUUGUAGGUCAGGUAGGAGAGAAUUUUGAAUAGGAUUCUGCUGUGAAUGGGGAGCCAGUGAAGACUCGGAGGCUGAACCACCUAUGGAGUGCGCUCCUUUAGUAUGGGAAGAUAAAGUGGAGGAAGUCUCUUUAAAGGACCACUAUAGUGCCAGGAAAACACUUGUUUUCCUGGCACUAGAGGGUAUCUAGGGGGGGAGUAAGGGGUUAAAUCUUACCUGUUUCCCCCCACCGGGCUCCCUCGGCACGGAACUCUCCUCCUUUUCGCUGUCAUCGGCUGAAUGCGCGGCAAAGGCCGCGCAUAUUCAGCCAGUCUCAUAGGAAAGCAUUCUCAAUGCUUUCCUAUGGACGCUGGCGUCUUCUCACUGUGAAAAUCAGUGAGAAACGCGGAAGCGCCUCUAGCGGCUGUCAAUGAGAGCCACUAGAGGCUGAAUUAACCCAUAUGUAAACAUAGCAGUUUCUCUUUUUUACCUUUUUAAAGCUUAUUUUAAAACUUUUUUUUAUCGUUAACCCCUAGUUAGCCUAACACCCAAUUCCCCACUAACUUCCACCCAUCCCAGCUAGCAAAAUAUAUAAUUUUUACAUAUUUAAAUUAAUAAAAUAAAAAUCAGAUGACAUUAAAAUGUAUGCCCUGCCAAUUGAUCACUGUAGUUAGUGAUCAAUUGGCAGGGAAGGGGUUAAUUUUAUUAAAGCGGAGGGGGUUAAUUUAAUACACGCACACACGCACACACACACACACGAUCAGCAGCACUGAUCCGUCUCCCUGCACUUCACACAGAACCCGGAAGUGCAGGGAGGCGGAAGGUGAGUAUACUGAGCACAUGUGCAGCCUGUCAGAGCGAGAACUGGUGCUGGGGCAGCCCGAUCGGGUGCUCCUGGUCUGCCUCUAAUACAGAGGCAGACCGGAGCACCGUUAACCCCGCAAUCGUGGCGAUCUGGAGUUAACUUUUAGUAAAUUACGGAAAUUUUCCGUCAACGGUCCUUAACUGAGAAGGACAAAGUUGAUGGAAAAUUUCUGUCUGCAGUCAGGAGGGGUUAAUCAAAAACACAAUUUCCAUGGCUAUCAAUUUUAUGAUUACAGAUAUGGCAACAUUAUGUUCCCACCCUUCUAUAGGGGUUGUGGAGACAGUUAUACAGGCUGGCUAAUUUAAAAAAAACAAAACAAAAGCAUAAUACAAAUAUGAAAAAUUAAGCCCUGUGCUGAAACGCCCACUACUCCUGGGCAUAAUUUAUGUUUGAAUUUGCUUUUGUAUGGCAC